CAGAGCCGUGCUGAAUUAUAUUCUGGUACCCAGAGCAUCCUUUGUUUUUUACAGUCGCCUUGGUGAAGCGUUCAUUAUCUUCCGUAAAAAAAAAAAAAAAAAAAAAAGGCAACCGGCAUUUUUCGGCUCCUUCUCUCACUCAGUCGCCGUCUCGGUAUCUGACGCACGGAUUCGACAGAAACGCCGCACGAGAAACUUAUCAAGGAGCUGUCCAGGCCCAGCCGGUGCUGAAUCAAGCUGUUGGACUCGAUCAAAGAAAGCCAGACGGCUAGUCAAGCAUAAUCGCACAGCCCUCCCCUUUUCUAACAGAGGAGCGAUCCUGGGUGCUGAGGUCCCUUCGGGAGCUGUCUUUCACUCCAGGUGCUGAACACCACCGUCCAUGCCUUUGGAGUUUCUAGGCAAGCCAGGAAAAGUUUUGUAACUUACUUAAGAAAAAAAUGGAUGACGGCUACAGGGACCGGACGGCUUUCAUCCGGGGAGCCAAAGACAUCGCCAAGGAGGUGAAGCGGCACGCGGCCAAGAAAGUGGGGCGAAGCGUGGACAAGGUGCAGGACGAAUACACGAGGCGCUCCUACACCCGUUUCGAGCAGGACGAUGACGACGAUGACGACUACCCCGCCUCGCGGGACGGCUACUACCAGGACGCGGCCGCCGACGACAAGGAAGGGGACGGCGGGGGGGCCUCCAGCGACGACACCGAGGGCCACGACGAAGACGACGAGAUCUACGAAGGGGAGUAUCAAGGGAUCCCCAAGGCCAAGGCGGACGGGCUGAGCAAGGGGGCCGGAGCUGGGGGAGCGGACGGACAGCCAGCCGUCGCCCCCGGCUACCGCGACCUCGCCGCCCAGGCGGCGGAGCGACGGAAGGACCAGGAGGAGCUGGCGGAGCAGUACGAGGCCAUCCUGCAGGAGUGCGGCCACGGCCGCUUCCAGUGGACCCUCUACUUCGUGCUGGGGCUGGCGCUCAUGGCCGACGGCGUGGAGAUCUUCGUGGUGGGUUUCGUGCUGCCCAGCGCCGAGAAGGACAUGUGUCUGUCCGAUUCCAACAAGGGCAUGCUGGGUUUGAUUGUGUACCUGGGGAUGAUGGUGGGGGCGUUCCUGUGGGGGGGUCUGGCGGAUCGGAUCGGUCGCAGACAGUGUCUGCUCAUCUCCCUGUCCAUCAACAGCGUCUUCGCUUUCUUCUCCUCCUUCGUUCAGGGCUACAGCACCUUCCUGUUGUGUCGCCUGCUUUCCGGAGUCGGGAUCGGUGGUUCCAUUCCCAUCGUCUUCUCCUACUUCUCGGAGUUCCUGGCUCAGGAGAAGCGAGGGGAGCACCUCAGCUGGCUCUGCAUGUUUUGGAUGAUCGGAGGGAUUUACGCCUCUGCCAUGGCCUGGGCAAUUAUACCCCACUACGGCUGGAGUUUCCAGAUGGGCUCUGCCUACCAGUUCCACAGCUGGCGUGUGUUCGUGCUGGUGUGCGCGUUCCCGUCGGUCUUUGCCAUCGCUGCCCUCACCCCCAUGCCAGAGAGCCCGCGCUUCUUCCUGGAGAACGGGAAGCACGACGAGGCCUGGAUGAUUCUGAAGCAAGUCCAUGACACCAACAUGAGAGCCAAGGGGCACCCUGAGAGGGUCUUCUCUGUCACCACCAUCAAGACGGUGAAGCAGCUGGAUGAGCUGGUGGAGAUGGACGCCAAUACCGGAACCUUGCACCGGAGAUGGAGGAUGCGUCUCUCCUGCCUCUUCCACCAGGUCAGGAAUAACUUCCUGGAGUGUUUUUCCCCGGAAUAUCGCCGCACCACUCUCAUGAUGAUGGCGGUGUGGUUCACAAUGUCCUUCAGUUACUACGGCCUCACAGUGUGGUUCCCCGACAUGAUCAAACACAUGCAGAAGCAGGACUACGCUCUGCGCACCAAGGUCUUCGUCAAGGAGAGAGUGGAGCAUUUCACCUUCAACUUCACUCUGGAGAACCAGGUUCACCGCAACGGAGAGUACUUCAACGACAAGUUCAUGAACCUCAAGAUGAAGUCCGUGCUGUUUGAAGACACCCUGUUCGAAGAAUGCUACUUCGAAGACAUCACCUCCAGCAACACCUUCUUCAAGAACUGCACCUUCGUCUCCAGCCUCUUCUACAACACAGACCUCUUCCAAUACAGGUUUAUCGACAGCAAGCUGGUGAACAGCACGUUCCUCCACAACAAGGAGGGCUGCAUGCUGGACUUCAGCGACGACAACAACGCCUACAUGAUCUACUUCGUCAGCUUCCUGGGCACGCUCGCGGUGUUGCCAGGCAACAUAGUCUCCGCCCUCCUCAUGGAUAAGAUCGGCCGCUUGAGGAUGCUGGCCGGCUCGAGCGUCAUGUCUUGCAUCAGUUGCUUCUUCCUGUCCUUCGGCAGCAGUGAGUCGGCGAUGAUCGCUCUGCUGUGUUUGUUCGGUGGGAUCAGCAUCGCGUCCUGGAACGCCCUGGAUGUGCUGACCGUCGAGCUCUACCCCUCGGACAUCAGGACCACAGCCUUCGGAUUCCUGAACGCCCUGUGCAAGCUGGCGGCUGUCUUGGGCAUCAGCAUCUUCACCUCCUUCGUGGGCAUCACCAAAGCCAUGCCCAUCAUGUUCGCCUCGGUCGCGCUGGGGGUCGGCAGCUUCCUGGCACUGAAACUGCCCGAGACGCGCGGGCGGGUGCUGCAGUAGAGCAGGAUCCGCCAGCAGGGGGGGUGGGGCGGGCAAGGCAGGAGGGCCCAGGAGCCAGAGUGUCAACAGUCAACACUGUGAACCAUCUGUCCUUCGUCAUCCCUGAUCUCCCAACACGUGGUGAUCUUUUCACUCCUGACUCCCCCUCCACACACACGCACACACACACACACACGCACACACACACACACACACACGCACCCACACACUCCCCCGUAACUUUACGACAGUCCAUAGGGUUACCCAGUGAAACAAGCCAUCGUUGACUUUUUUUUUUUUUUUUUUUUUAAACCUAUGGACUGCUAAGCCUGUAGGAGUCUGCAAUAAAACACCCCAGCAGUCUUUUGAAGCUGAAGGGAACACAAAGCCACGACUCUGAGGCUUGGAGCUUCAGGUUUCAGGAGACUGUAGGUUUCAGGUCGCUGUGCAGCACACCAGGCAGGGAGACUUGGGGGGUUUGAUACAGCAAACCUCAAACUAGGUCUCCCGGGGGUCUCCUGGAACCAGCUUUCAAGCUCCGCAGUCAGCUUAAGGAUUAAUUCUGAUUACAUUCCAGUGACGGAGGGCUUGUUAAGUCUGCUAUUUAACUGUACCAGGUUUUUAAAACAUACACUGCCCCUGAAUCGCACACACAUGUAUUUAUCGUAGAAUAAUUCUCUGUGUGGGGUAAAGAAGCGAAGGGAAUGGUCAAACCCGCUCGCAUUCAUUUCAAACAACAGUAAACUCUCUCCAGUUCGAAAGCCCGUCGUCCGAAUGGACCUGUAACGCUGACUCCAGACACCAGCGUCUUAAUGCUCCGUCUGUACUGAAUCAAUCCAUUUAAAAACGUAAACUAGAUUUGCAGUCGGCAUGAUUCUGAUCAUGGCACAGUUUCUACUGCUCUUACAGAGAGAGAGAGAGAGAGAGAGAGUCUGGCUAUAUGUUUAAUCAGGAAAAAGUCAUCUUUUAAAAGCACAAAGUAACACCUUCAAAUUUUAUUU